CCAGCCUUCAUUAGUCUUCUUUGAGCACAUGUCGGCUGUGUAAAGAAGACGUUGCUAAGCGGCUUAUUUGAGUGACCGUCGGCAAUGAAGUGGGGAUUCACUGGUUCGCUGCUUGCGUUGCUCGCAGCAACAGCAACAGGCUGGCCCUAUGAUGAAUCCCUGGUCGACUAUAACUUGAAUGCGAACAAAGAUACUACCAAUCCGGCGGAGUAUACUCAUGCAGAAUGGAAAGACCAUAAGUAUCAUCCUUCUCCGAAAACUUGGCGUUUCCCUUUCUAUACCCUGUUUAUUGACCGAUUUGUUAAUGGUGACCCCACCAACGAUAACAUCAACGGGUCUCUCUUUGAGCAUGACCUCAACUCGAAUCAAAUGCGUCACGGUGGUGAUGCGGUUGGUUUGGUCGAUACACUGGACUAUCUACAGGGGAUGGGUAUUAAGGGAAUCUAUUUGGCAGGUACUGUGUUAAUGAACCAACCAUGGGGCUCAGACGGUUACUCAAUUUUGGAUACCACUUUGCUUGAUCAACAUUUUGGCACUAUUCAAAUAUGGAGAGAUGCGAUUACCGAAAUACACAAACGAGGGAUGUAUGUCCUAUUUGACAACACUAUUGCAACCAUGGGCGACUUGAUCGGGUUUGAAGGAUAUUUAAAUACUACUACACCAUUUUCAGUCAAAGAACAUAAGGCGCUGUGGAAAAGCAAUCGUGAAUAUUACCCCCGGUUCUGGAAUGAGACUGGUUGGCCCGUCGACCAAGAUGUCAAAGACCAGCUGUACGACUGGCAGCGUCAGUUGGCAAAAUUCGCUUCAGUUCAGGAUCAGAGAAUUAUUCGGCACUCCUGCAUGAUUAUAAAGGCCCUUGAUAUUGAUGGAUUUCGAUAUGAUAAAGCAACGCAAGCUACAGUGGAUGCUCUCGGCGACAUGUCCCAAGCUUACAGAGAAUGUGCUCGCAGCGUUGGCAAGAAUAACUUCUUUAUCCCUGGAGAAAUCACCGGUGGAAAUAACUUCGGUUCUAUCUACCUUGGGCGCGGAAGACAGCCAAAUCAAUACCCUGAUUCUUCAGACCAUCAAUAUUUCUUGCGUGAGGACGGUCUACAAGCGUUGGAUUCGGCUGCUUUCCACUACUCGGUGUAUCGUACCCUCACCCGAUUCCUCGGGAUGGAUGGUAAUCUGGCUGCGGGCUAUGACACACCGUUGGACUGGACCGACACCUGGAAUAUUAUGGUAAUGACCAACGACAUGAUCAAUGCCAAUACCGGCAAGUUUGACCCCCGCCAUAUGUAUGGUGCUACAAACCAGGAUGUCUUCCGUUGGCCUGCUAUCGAGCUCGGAAUUGAAAGACAGCUCAUGGGUCACUUCAUCACAACGCUGCAUCUACCCGGUAUUCCAAUUUUACUAUGGGGUGAGGAGCAAGCCUUCUAUAUACUAGACUCCACUGCAGAUAACUAUAUCUAUGGCCGUCAAGCAAUGUCUCCCUCCACUGCAUGGAAAACGCAUGGUUGUUACGCCCUUGGUAGGGAAGGGUGCCAUGAUGAGGCUGUUACUUAUGAUCACCGGGAUCCCUCUCAUCCUGUCCGCAACAUCAUCAAGCAUAUGUUCCAGAUGCGACAGGACUUCCCUGUUCUAAAUGACGGAUACUCAGUUGUAAAGUUGUCAAAACAGACCCAUGAAAUUCAAUAUCCUGGUUCAAAUGGUACAGCAACAGAAAUCGGCAUAUGGUCAGUUCUGCGUGAUCGAGUCGCAAACGUCCAAGACCUAGGCGAUAACGGUGACAACGAACCUGUGUGGCUGGUAUAUCAAAACGAUAAUAAGACUGUGGAAUACAAAUUCGAUUGUGGAAGCAAUGACUCCGCCUUGAUUUCUCCGUUCAUCACAGGUACUACCGUUGUUAACCUCUUCUAUCCUCAUGAUGAACACGAACUGAAGGAUGGCCCAAAAUCGCUUCAUCUCAACGGCACCAACACCACGAAUGGUUGUUUGGAUAGUUUACAGCUGAAGCCCUUUGAGUUCAGGGCUUACGUUCCAAAAGCGAACUUUGUCAAGCCUCGUCCUAUGAUCACUCAAUUCGAGCCUGGCCAUGAUGUGCCUCAACUUUCCAAAGUCGGCCCUAACGAUUCAGAAGACAUCGACGUCAGCAUUUACUUUUCUACGAAGAUGGAUUGUGACAAGCUGACGAAGUCCAUUUCAUUUCAGUCCAGUACUGAAGCUGGCAAGACACCUUCCAUCAGCAACAGCAGUGUCAGCUGCAAGGAUGUCAAGGGAGAUGACCCGAAGUGGACUGGCCAAAUCCCAAACGCUUGGGUCUGGACGGCAAAGUUGACUGGCGUAUAUAACGGCAUCCAUCGGUUGACUGUUAAGAAUGCUACUAGUUCCGAUGGGCAUAGUUCUACCCAGGCAGUGGACCAUUUUUUGAUCCGAGUGGGCCAAAGCGAUAAUCCAAUGGUGUUCACCUCUGCCAACUACUCUACCUCCUUGCUUAACCAACAUGGCAAUGGGACCCUUUACAUCCAGCACCGUGCAGCAGGGGCAAAUAAAUACCGCUACUCAACAAACUGGGGCUCCUCGUUUUCAGACUGGAAAGACUACCAUGGAGGAAGCGAUACCAUUGAAGAACUGCCUUGGAGUGGGACGGACAAACAAAAGUGGCAAGGAAAGCACGUACGAGUCGAAUAUUGGAACAAAUUGUCUGGCAGCAGUGACUAUGCCCAAGAAGGCGAUUUUGGAUACGACCGGCCACGACGUUUUCCCCAUCUCUUCUUCAAUGGGCCCUUCAAUCAGUAUGGUUAUGAUGCCGGCCUGGACAACGUUGUGAAGCUGGAUAGUGAUGGCAUUUGGAAGUUCAGACUCAUGGCGGAAUUUCCCGUACAAGGACAGUUUAAUGUUUGGGGAAUGAACCCAGACGGUCGACCUGAUCAGAGCUACGUGCUUGGUGAUAUAGACAAUGAUGGUGUCUUGGACCGUAUGCCUCCUUCCUCGCUUAGUUCCACGGUAGUGAACAUCACAGAUAUCCCCCCAUCUCCAUAUGUUGCGUGGAAUCUUGGUGUUGAUGAUGGAACUUUGCGGGUUCAUCUUCUGCCGACGGGCUCCAGGGCAAUCCAGAUAGCUGUUUACUUCCUCCUCUGGUUUGUUCCAAUUGUCACAGCUAUCGCUUGUGUGUAUGCCUUUGUGAAAUCUUUCUACCAAGUCAAGUUCAACCAAGUCGGAGUCAGUGAAAAGAAAACAAUUCUUCCACUGGUACUUAGAAGAAAACUUAACCCAAACGGAACCGGGGCAUCAAUCAAUCCCUUCAUGCGACUUGCGAAUAAAUCUGGAUUCUUACAGAGCACGUCUGCUUUUGGAACAGCAGCUUCGCGAAGACGAACGACCUUGAUUGCUACCAUGGAAUAUGAUAUUGAGGACUGGGCCAUCAAGAUUAAAAUUGGCGGUCUAGGUGUUAUGGCUCAGUUGAUGGGUAAACAUCUAGGGCAGCAGGAUUUGGUCUGGGUUGUUCCAUGCGUAGGCGGAGUUGACUACCCUGUAGAUCAGCCGGCCGAACCUAUGUUUGUGAUAGUGCUUGGGAACUCCUACGAGGUCAAGGUACAAUACCACAGGCUAAAGAACAUUACAUAUGUUCUUCUUGACGCCCCUGUUUUUCGCCAACAGACAAAGGGCGAGCCUUACCCUGCUCGUAUGGAUGAUCUGGACAGUGCAAUCUAUUACUCUGCUUGGAAUCAAUGCAUUGCAGAGACGAUCAGGCGAUUCUCCAUUGAUCUUUAUCACAUUAACGACUACCAUGGAUCUAUUGCUCCUCUUUAUCUUUUGCCUCAAACUGUUCCCGUGUGCCUAUCGCUUCACAAUGCCGAGUUUCAAGGACUGUGGCCCAUGCGCACCCAGAAGGAGAGGGAUGAAGUCUGUUCUGUUUUCAACCUUGAUCUCGAUACCGCAAGGCGCUACGUCCAAUUCGGUGAAGUCUUCAAUAUGCUUCAUGCCGGGGCAAGCUACCUCCGUGUGCAUCAGCAAGGAUUCGGUGCAGUGGGUGUUUCUAGGAAAUAUGGCAAACGUUCCUAUGCCCGCUACCCUAUCUUUUGGGGUCUGAAAAAGGUCGGCAACCUACCAAACCCAGACCCUUCGGAUACUGGUGAAUGGAAUAAAGAACUGCCAAAGGAUAGUGAAAUUCAGGUUGACCCGAGCUACGAGGCAAGCAGAGGAGAGCUCAAACGUCAAGCGCAGGAAUGGGCGGGCUUGGAGCAGAACCCUGAUGCCGAUUUACUGGUAUUCGUUGGAAGAUGGUCUAUGCAAAAGGGCAUUGACCUUAUUGCUGAUGUGAUGCCUGCUGUUUUGGAGGGUCGUCCCAAUGUCCAGCUUAUAUGUGUUGGUCCAGUAAUUGACCUUUAUGGUAAGUUUGCUGCACUGAAGCUUGAUCGUAUGAUGAGGCUAUAUCCCGGGCGUGUCUUUUCAAAGCCCGAGUUUACUGCACUUCCACCAUUCAUUUUUUCUGGUGCUGAGUUCGCCCUUAUCCCAUCUCGUGAUGAACCUUUUGGUCUUGUUGCCGUUGAAUUUGGCCGUAAAGGUGCCCUUGGAAUUGGCGCUCGUGUUGGUGGCCUCGGUCAGAUGCCAGGUUGGUGGUACAACAUUGAAUCCACGACAACAUCCCACCUCUUGCAUCAGUUCAAGCUUGCUAUUGAAAGCGCCUUGAAUUCCAAGACUCAAGUUCGUGCAAAGAUGCGUGCGCGGUCUGCAAAGCAACGUUUUCCCGUUGCCCAAUGGGUCGAAGAUCUAGAAAUCCUGCAGUCCACUGCGAUGCGGAUCCACAGCAAGGGACAGACAAAGUCAAACAGUCAGCCUCUCACGCCUUCUGGCUAUACCACCCCAAGUGGGAUGAUAACUCCCAAUGGGAUGAUGACGCCUCCUAUUGCAUCACCUGGGACCAUGACUCCAACAGGGAUGCAGACACCUCCAAUUGCCCACUCACGAGAAGGAAGCUAUAUAAAUAUCAGCGCCAAUCGUGAUAGCGCUUAUGGACCCCAACAGCGCAAUACCAUCAUUUACAGUGAUUUAAGUCCUAAUGGCAAUGAGCAACCCAGGUCAGGACUUAGUAGACAACUAUCACUUGGUGUCCGGGCUGGACCAGGUCAUCUUGUGCGCCGUGGCCGCCGUCGACUUAGAAGAAGCAGCCAUAUGAGCAAUGAGGAGAGUGGUACAGCUUCUAUGACAGAAGAAAGCAGUGAUGAUGAUUUGUUUCCCAGCUACUAUGGAGAAGAAGAAUACACUCUCACACCAGAGCAAGUAGAAGAGGGGCAGCGAGUAGAGACUGCUCAACAGCGAAAUGCUCAGAGGCCGCUUGCAUCCCCCACCAACUCAGACAUUGAAGAUGGGAUCACACCGUCUGCAAGACCACCUUGGGCUCAGCCUGGAAAUCGACUUAGUAGCGCAUCUGUUCUCUCCGUCGAUUCUAUUGUUGGUGAGAAGAAAGAUUACAAGUUGCAGAAGGUUGAUCCAUUUUUUACCGACAGCACUGGCGAAUACUACCGGGCGUUUGACCAGAAGCUCGAGAAGCUUAAUGGAUCUAACUCUGAAUCCCAGCUUUGUAUAGAGGAGUAUCUUAUCAAGAGUGAAAAGAGAUGGUUUGAUAAGUUUAGAGAUGCAAGGUUGGGACGCAAUCAAUCUCCUGCUUCUUCUAUCUUCCAGACCAAGGUCGAAAACAACACGCCUAUGAGCUCAAUCUCUCACGAGGACAUGGGUUCGCAUGAGAGUGGUAGCGACCCACGCACGGAAAAGGACGAAUUCCGUCUGGGACAUGAUUAUAUUCCCCCAUCAGGCUUAAAGAAAUGGAUGCAAGUUCGAGUCCGCGGCUGGCCUGUAUAUUCGCUUUUCUUGGGCCUAGGUCAGAUCAUUGCAGCCAACUCAUACCAGAUUACGCUGCUUGCUGGUGAAAAUGGCCAGACAGCGGAGAAGCUUUAUGGUAUCGCGACAGUCUAUUGUGUUACCUCUAUUAUCUGGUGGUUUUUCUUCCGCUUCUUCAAAUCGGUGUUCGUUCUUUCUCUUCCUUGGUUCUUAUACGGCCUAUCAUUUGUCAUUAUUGGAGUAGCGCACUUUGAAACCAACAGUUUUGCUCGAGGAUGGAUCCAGAAUGUUGGAAGUGGUGUCUAUGCCGCUGCUUCAUCUAGUGGAUCACUAUUCUUCGCUCUCAAUUUCGGUGAUGAAAAUGGUGUUCAGGUUAAAGACUGGGUUUACCGCGCAUGUCUGAUUCAAGGUUCUCAGCAAGCAUACAUCAUUGGGCUUUGGUAUUGGGGAACAACGAUUUCUAGGGCUGUUGCCGAUGGUGUUACCGAUGUCAACGGCGGCAUUAUUAACUCCUGGAAAAUGACUGCAAUCUGCAUGCCGAUCGCUGCAUUCCUUUGGGCCAUAGGCCUGAUAGUCUUCUUCGGUCUACCGAAUUACUACCGUCAGUCACCAGGGAAAGUUCCGUCAUUCUAUCAAUCUGUCUUCCGACGUAAGAUCGUUCUUUGGAACUUUGUAGUGGUCAUCCUGCAAAACUUCUUCCUCAGUGCACCUUAUGGACGGAAUUGGGCCUUCCUUUGGAGUUCAAAUCACGCCAAAGCCUGGCAAGUCGGUAUCCUUGUGGUUGUCUUCUUCGGUGCUGUCUGGGUAGCAAUAUUGUGCCUCUUUGGGUACCUUUCCAAGCGCCAUAGCUGGAUCCUACCUGUAUUCGCAUGUGGUCUGGGAGCUCCACGCUGGGCUCAGAUAUGGUGGGGUGUCUCAGGGAUGGGCCUGUUCCUUCCCUGGGCAGGCAGUUCUGUUAGCGGAGCACUCGCGUCACGAAGUCUAUGGCUCUGGCUCGGUAUCCUAGACGCCUUACAAGGCCUCGGCUUCGGUAUGAUCUUGCUCCAGACCCUGACUCGAGUACACAUCUGCUUCACUCUGCUUGCAUCUCAAGUGUUGGGUUCGAUCGCAACGAUCGUCGCCAGAGCAUGUGCUCCCAACAAGAUUGGCCCUGGACCGAUCUCGCCGGAUGUUACUGCCGGCGGCAGUUCUGUCGCAAACGCUUGGUUUUGGAUUGCCCUGUUCUUCCAGCUGUUGAUCUGUGCCGGAUUCUUACUAUUCUUCCGGAAAGAGCAACUCACGAAGCCCUAAUGCGUAGCUGCGAAGUCAAUAUUCAGCUACCUCCAGCUCCCGUCCACCCUCCAGCUCUUCAUACACGCAUACGCGGCAAUCAAGUAUGCAUUCAUCUCUGUGCAGGAGGCCAUGAUACGGGUUCAAAAAUCUGGAUUACUCAAUCCACGCAAAUAGACUACCUGCAACCAAGAAAAAACAGAAAGAGACAAAAAAAGGGACACAACAGCGACACAAAGCGGGAAUAAAUAGAAGCAAGAGGAGGAACGCACACGAAC